GUGAGUGUGGGUGGCCCCGGCAAGUCUCCUGCACAACAACGCGCGUCCCGCUGUCGGACAGGACGUGGCUUGGAGUGUCUCUGCGUGUCCCGUCUUGUGACCCCCCCCCCAUACCAGCUCGUCUGUCUCCCUAGAUAGCUCCUCGUCCGUGUCUCCGUGUGUGUCUCUCUGUAUCGGGGCUGUCUCUGUCCGCUCGUGUCCCGUCUGACUUGGGGCGACUCCGACCCCCGUGUCUCUCGUCAACUCGCUGUGUGUCCGCUGCGUGUCUCACCUGUCCCACCUUCGUGGGAGUUUGCGUGGAGUCGCUGAGUCGACGGGUCGGGCUUAGUUGUUGUUGUUGUUGUUUGUUUGUUUUCGUGAUCGCAAGUGGCGAUUAAGGAGUUGAGGAGGAGUUGUAGAGCGAAGGGCCGUGUCGAUGCUGCUACGCGCAGGGCACGAGUGAAGCAGAAAGAGAGAGACCGCAGGGUGAGAUGAUUUCCCAACGACCGCAAAGCCCGCGGCAGUGACCUCACACGCUGUUUAACAAGAUCGCUUGUCAGGAGUCGGCGAUGCAUUGAGACGGACGGGCGCACGGAAUGGACGGCCUCUGCCGGAGGGAAGGCGCCGGCGUUGGCACCGCAAGCGGCUCGUGGUUCGGGCCCCUGGCGACGUCGGGACGGGCGUCGAACCGGGACCCCGCGCGCGAGCCUCCCAAGCUGACCCACGACCCUCCCUGGGAGGAGACCUUUGACCCCGAGGUGUCGCCCAGGUCUCAGGACUCCCCCCUGGACCUCACCCGCGAAAGGGAGGUGCCCAAAACCUACGACCGGCAUGGAGCCCUCGACCUCUCCCUGAAGACGGCCCCGUGGGGGCGCGCCGCCGCCGCCGAGGGCGGCCUCACCGCUGCCGAGGCCGGCCUCACCGUGCCCUCUCUCGCCGCCGCCACCGCGCGCGCUCAAGGAUACCCGGCGGCCUCUUCCGCCGAGAACCAUGACGGCGCCACGGAAUGGCCCGAUGGCGGACAGCACCCCGGCCGGCAGCACGCGGUGCUCUCGCGGCUGUGCACCGCGCGCCACCACGGCCUCAAAGUGCACGUCCCCGAAGGGCCGGCGCGCGACCCAAACGCCAACGGCGGCAACGGCAGCAACGGCAGAAACGGCGGUGGCAGCUGCUGCCGGGGCCAGCGAGCGGUGCUGGCCCCUGCGCGGCAGCAGCAGCAGCUGCAGCAGCUGCUGCUGCUGCGUCACCGCUCGCCCACCCUGCCCCUUGCGCUGCCGGUGCUGGCCUCUCGGCAGACGGCAGCUCCACAGGGGCAAAGACAAUCGCAGCUGCACAAAAAUUCGCAGCUGCACACAAAUUCGCAAUUGCACGCAAAUUCACAGUUUCAUGCAAAUUCACAGUUGCACGCAAAUUCGCAGUUGCACGCAAAUUCGCAGCUGCAAACAAAUUCACAGCCGCACACAAAUUCACAACCGCACUCAAAUUCACACCUGCACACAAAUUCACAGCCACACUCAAUUUCACAACCACACUCAAAUUCCCAACCGCACUCAAAUUCACAACCACACUCAAAUUCACAGCUGCACUCAAAUUCACAGCUGCACUCAAAUUCACAACUGCACUCAAAUUCACAACCACACUCAAAUUCACAACUGCACUCAAAUUCACAACUGCACACAAAUUCACAACCACACUCAAAUUCACAACCACACUCAAUUUCACAACUGCACUUAAAUUCACAAAUGCACUCAAAUUCACAGCCACACUCAAAUUCACAAAUGCACUCAAAUUCACAACUGCACACAAAUUCACAGCUGCACACAAAUUCACAACUGCACUCAAAUUCCCAACCGCACUCAAUUUCACAACUGCACCCAAAUUCACAGCUGCACUCAAAUUCACAACCGCACUCAAUUUCACAACCGCACUCAAAUUCACAACCGCACUCAAAUUCACAACCGCAGUCAAUUUCACAGCUGCAAACAAAUUCACACCUGCACACAAAUUCACAGCUGCACUCAAAUUCACAGCCGCACUCAAUUUCACAACUGCACUCAAAUGCACAAUCGCACUUACAUUCACACCUGCACACAAAUUCACAACUGCAUACAAAUGCACAGCUGCACUCAAAUUCACAACCACACUCACAUUCACAACUGCAAACAAAUUCACACCUGCACACAAAUUCACAACUGCACACAAAUUCACAACCGCACUCAAAUUCACAAAUGCACUCAAAUUCGCAACCGUACUCAAUUUCACAACCGCACUCAAAUUCACAACCGCACUCAAAUGCACAACUGCACUCAAAUUCACAGCUGCAAACAAAUUCACACCUGCACGCAAUUUCACAACUGCACUCAAAUUCACAGCUGCACUCGAAUUCACAACUGCACACAAAUUUGCAGCCACACACAAAUUCAGAGUCACACUUGAAUUUCCAACUGCACUUCAAUUCACAGGCACACUCGAGUUCACUGCCAUACACACAUUCGCACACGUACUCAAAUUUGCAGUCACAGUCGAAUUUACAAGCACACUUGCAUUCACAGUCGCACUUAAAUUCACAGCAACACCUGCACCCGCAUUCCCAGCCGCCCUCACGACCGCCGGAUUUACAAACGCAGCCACAAUCCCAGCAUCAGCCGCACUCGCGACAGUUGCAUCCGCCGAUGCACGCGGACUUUCAAUCGCAGCCCCGCAAUCAAUCGCAGAUACAGCCGUACCCGCAGUUAGACUCGCAGCCACAACUUCCGCUGCACGCUCAGGUGCAGUCUCAGCAUGUGGGGCCUUCCCCGACGCAACCGUCGCCCCAAAUGCACUUCCACACGCAACUGCAACAGCAGCAACAGCUGCAGCAGCUGCAGAAGCUGCACCAUCCGCACGCCCGGCUGCUACCUCAUCCUCAACUCCCCGCCACCGCCCCGGCUAUUCCCUCCGGCGCACGUUGGCCGUACCUCGCUCGCAGCCCGGACGCCGCCGCCGCCGCCUCCACCAGCAGCCACGGAGGGCCGUCCAAGCCGUCGUACGGGGCCCCCUCCUGCUGGCGCCGAGCGGCAGGCACGAGCAUCGACGGGCAGCGAGGACGGCCGGACGCCAUCGCCAGGACGCGCGUCUUGUCCAACGCCGCCUGCGAGAUGCCGUCGGCCGUCCCUCCGGCGGCUGCUAUCGCCCUCGCCGCGGGUGUCGAUCCGGCCGCACGAGCGCCGUGGGCGGCGGUGCCGCGGACUUCUACGGCCGCUACGGCGGUCGUGCGGACGCCGUGCAAAGGCUCCCCAUGGGCCUCUUGGGGGGCCGUGCAGCCCGAGGGACGGGCUCCAGUGGGCCCCUCGCUGCCUGCGCCUCACCGCUGCUCACAGGUUGGAUACCAGCCAAUCCGCAUCGUCGACCUGACCAAGGAAAAUGGCAGCUCGUACCACGACCAGCUGGCGACCUUCCCAACCACCUCCUCCUCAUCCUCCUCCUCCACGGCCGCCACGCCCACGCCGUGCCGCCAGGGUCUGCAACAGCCGCCGCUGCCGACCCCGCGCCUGCCGCCAAGUGUGCCCGACCCGGCGAGCCCUAAGGAGGGUGGCCUGCUGGAGACGCGGACAGAACACGAGCGGCUUCAGGACGAGGUGCGGGGGUUCGUGCGGGCGGCCGCAGCUCGGCGGGACGGGAGCUCCGCGUCGCGUCUCCGGCGCUACGAGCGGGAGGUGCCGCGUGCGACACUGGAUGACCACGCCGAUCGGGCGACGCUGCUGGCGCCGCCGCCGUGGGGGGGGGGGCAGCGGGAGCGGCUCCGGCACGUUCGUCGGGGAGGAAGCGCACCGGAUCGCCGCGGCGGAGACACGCGGCCACAGGCGGCGGUGGACCGGCGGCAGGACACGCUCCGGGGAGCCGACGACCGGAGCCGGAGCAGCAGUCCGGAACGGGCACGCGAGACGCUGCGCGAUGAUCCGGAACACUUCGCAAAUUGCCGUCGGCGGGAGCGGCGGCUGGACGGCCGGGACGGGAGUCAACCGCGUGACGAUUGCGUUCAGGAUCAGGAUUUCCAUCAGGAUGAGUUUCAAGCGUGUCUGGAUCGCCAGCAGGUUAUCACGUGGGAUGCUUAUCAGGACGGUCGGCAAGAUCGGUGCCAUCCCGCGGAUGAGAUUGCAUUUCAGCAGGUGAGCACCGAUGGUGGGGCAGCGUGCAGGGAAGUUACGGUGAGCGGAGCGGCCGACUCAAAGAGAAUCGAUCCAGAUUCAGACGGUACGCACGAUGGGAGCCAAGCAUCCAAACUUCCCAACGACCAGCACGCCGGGGAUUUCCACGCCGCUGGCUCGUUUGUCGCACCAGCCGCGGAAGAGAACGUCACGGCAGAGAGCUGCGUGUCGCGGCUGGCCAUCGUCAACAUCAUGACGGCCGCCACUUACGGAGGGAGCCGCAGAUGCCGACCAAACGACGGAGGCCCAGUGGAGCGACGACGAAAAUUCACCCGCAGGCGGUCGCUCUCAUCGGCGGCAAAUCGGCGAUGAUGGCGACGACGGCGAUGACGACGACGGGCAGCCGCAGCCAUCCGGGCAGGCCGUAGACUGUCCCGGCACGCACGCGGCCUUCAGGCGCUCGUUCUCGUAUCCCGUCACCGAGCGCGACGUCCAGACGGAAUGCGACGUAGUCUUC